AUCAGGCAUAGACUGUCAAAGUUUUAUGCAGUUAGCUUAGUCGACCCGCGUACAUUCGAAGUACAAGCGGAAACCCAGGUCAAAAGUGCUUCGUCUAAAUUAAAGACCAUUCUUUUGCACUGUCCUGCUACUGAACAACAACAGCAGCAGGAUACGUCAGUUGAGUUAAAAGACACUUCAAAAAUAGGAUUCGAAUGGUGCUUCACAUGGGAGGGUGAACGCUAUAAAUGGUAA